UGUUUGCAAACAUACAACACGUGUAUUUUUAAAUUCCCAGCCAAAUUGACGGAGCUCACGAACUUAAAUCGUUAACAUUCUAGUUUUUGUAACAACUAAUAUGAGAUGAAAAUGUUAUCAUUGGAUGGCGUUAGACUACUAUGUAUACAGCACCUGUCGCAAUAAUCCGCUAAAAUGUUCAGGACACCAUAACGACUCCUCGCUAAGAAAAUAUCUUUCAAGUAACAGUGUUGUAAAGCCUAAGCUCUCCUCGACGGUCUGGUUUCUUCGCUCGGUUGAAGUUAAAGUUUCAAGGUCGUACGAAAACUUGCUAGGCUGGUGUGGAAUACAUUGAUAUGAAAGUAUAAAACAGUGAAGCUGACUUGCAAUGGCUGACAAGGACUCAUUAGGGCCUGAAGCUCUUCUUCGAGCGAGCAGCGACUGUAAAUACCGUCUUAUCAGGCUACUAAUUGAAGGAGGAACGCUCACAAAUGUACGAAAUGAGAAUCAAGAAACUCCACUCAUCUUAGCCUGUAAGUCAGAAAGCGAGGAAAAAGAAAAAGUCGUCGAUUAUCUAAUACGAAAACGAGUGAAAGUCAAUCUACAAGAUAUCCAUGGAAGGACUGCAUUGAUGCAUGCUUGCUUAACCAACUCGUCGGAUAAUAUAAUACGAAUGUUAGUCAACUCGAAAGCAAAUCCGUGGUUAGUAGACGAGGGUAAUAACACAUCGUUUGAUUAUGCUAUCAACGCAGGGAACAUUGGAGCUGUUAAACUAAUGAUUCAAGCGUGCAGAGAGGGAAAGAUUUUGACAAAACCAGGGAGCUUCAAUAUCGARAUGAAAAAAUUGGAAGAUCGUUUAGACGAAAUGCCGGAAAUAAGAAAGUGUUCGUGGCCUCUAAUGGGGCCGAGAAUUUCCACAGGAAAAGAAAAGAGAAACACAAAUCAAUCUAAUCUUCUUGCUGUCAGUGAAGUCGACGAAUUUACUGAAAGUCCCACACGUGAAAGACGGCGAAAGAGAUCCAUAUGCCAUUUCGAUCCUAUAGGACUAGAAGCAAGCGAAGGAUCUAGCGAAGGCGAGUCUACUACGAAGCCAUUACGAAGGGCUUCGUUGGCCUCCGCAAGCCGGUCGGCGUCCGAAGACGAGCGAAUAAGUCUUCAUUUUUCGGAUUCGGAUAAUUCGUCGUUUGAUCGCUCGUCGACGAAUUUCUCGAGUUUGGAGAAAUUACUGCGCAUGCGUGACUCUGUGACGUCAUCCGUCGACUCGACCGAUUCUUUGAAUGCUCAAAAUUUGCAGAUAAAAGUCGAGGGUAUAACGGAAGAAGAGUCUUCAAAAAAUAGCGAAAUUUUUGCAGUGGCUAAAUGUACUAGGGCUUUAGAUGAAAUGCUCACUAAAGAAAGGGAAGAACAUUCCAGAAAGAAGAUUAACGAUAAUAAAAACUCCAAAGACGUUGAAAAACUAAAUCAAAGUCAAACGGAUUUGAAAUAUCGUUCUGAAAAGACUGGCCACUCUGAUGGAACUCAAGAAACCUGCGCUGGAGUUGAUCGCAAGAAAAAAUUGUCAAAGGAAUAUGAGGUACAAAGUACCCAGAUUGGACAAUCAAGAAAUGAACUUAUGAAAUCGUCUUGCGCUUUACCUUGUGGGAUGUCGGCUCAAAACCAAGAAUCUCCCCGCACGCCACGUCGGAGAACAGUAGGGACUUCGACUCCAUCUCAGAAAGGUGACGUCAUAGAAGACUGGGAACGAAAAACGACUGGUAACGAAACUGAGGCAAUGAGAAGGUUCACGCUUGGUGCAAUGGACCUGCGCAGUGAUGAUAAGCGUAGAAGCCUAAAUUUAUGGGGUGAGGAACACAACCUUCGACCUUCCCCACCCCCCAGGGAUUUAAGUCGAACACCAAUCACAGUUGUUACUUCACCGGAAAUGAAAUCUUUCCGGAAGAAAAUUCGUUCACCGGAAGUUGAUUUUUCUCAUGGUCGUGGUCCAUUUGAGCAUGCGCAAGAGCUUGGUAAAAAAAAUGGCAAUGAAAAUGCAGGCGUUCAUACUACGCAUAAUUCAGCAAAAGGUAGAAAACUAGAUGCCUCCAAGACUGAGCUGAAAACGAAUGCGCCUCUCCCUUUCAAUCUUCCUGUUAUUUCUCCUCUUGAUAAUAUUGGAUGGAAGGGAAAAGAAAGGGAAGGAAAAGAAUCCGGGAAAAACUCGCAAGUGGAAAAGACAGCAGUAAGAAGAACACUGUCUGACAGCGUGAGCCAUGAAAGAAGGCGCGCAAGCGCAUCGGGGACCAGGCAUGUUCACCACAGUAACGGCAAAGAAGAAUCAAGCAGCGCAUGCGUUAUUGAUUCCACCGCUGGAACGACGAAGUUGGUAACUCGUGAGAGAAGCUCUUCGUUUACCCCACUUUCAACAACUGCGUCCACCACAGGAACCCCGCCACAGGAACGCAAAGCAAGCAACGUAAGCCCGUGCUGUGACAUCGUCACCAUGGCAACGUCGUCCACCGGGGAACCUCUUCGAUGUCACAGCCCACGAAACAAACUCUCUAGCGACUUGCCAGAUCUUGUCUUGCAUACGCCCAGGUCACGUGGUCGAUCGCCGUCUAAUCUCGAUCCAUUUUCCCUGGCUCCCGAACUUCACGUGUCCGAUCAGUAUCAUACACGCUACGCCAGGUCGGUCCCUUCGUCGUCAGAAACCUUGAAUCCGACCGGAAGUCAAUCCUAUUUGACCGGAAGUCACAACCACUUACCGGAAGUGGUGAGUAGCACCACAGGAAGCCCGAAACAAAGACGGCUGGCAUUUUUACCCCCGCUGAAUAUUUCUCGGAAGCAGCAAGACCAGCCAGAAGAGGGCUACUUUUCCUGUUCUCCUUCUCCUCUGGAUGUUGAAAGCUCAAGCAGAAGCAAGGAAAAAUCAAAGUACUCGUUCAAACCGCCUUCACCGCGCCUUGUAAAUCGACCAGUGAAGAAUCUGUUGCCAUAGUAACUGUUACCAAAGCAAUGAUAAAAUUAAAGUAAUCUGUACGAGUUGCGCAAUCAUUUUGGUUUCCCACCGUGAAAAUUUCCUGCGCCUUAUGGAAUAAACUAUCCGGAAUGACGAAUCCGUUACCUAGUAACUGUUACCAUAGUAAUGAUGAAAUGUGACUCAUUUGGCAUGCAUGUCGUACAAGAGUGUUGGAUUUUAUGCUUUAUAAUGCCUGCCUGAGCAUUAUCAUGAGCCAUCGUUAUUUGUGGGUAAGUGCGCCUAGUUAAGUGCGCAAGCAAAGGGAAAGGGCGUCACCGGAAGCGCACACAAACUUUGAGGAAGAUGCACUUGGAGGGACGUCAAAAAGAAAGAGCAACCUGAUUAUUAAAUGAUCGACCAAGUUUGGCAGAAGAAUUUUGUAUCUGUAUAUCUAAUUUAUAAAUAGUCCCUUUUACCUUGGGCAUGUUUUGCCAUUUCAGACCAUGUCAUUCCCUUGAGUAUCAUUUCUUUCUUUACUAGGAAUGCUUUUC